AUGAGAUUCGAUCUAUCGCACGUCUGCCAUUCCUGGAGGCGGUACUUCCCCCUGCUCGAUCAUUUUGGCAAAAUCGCCAUUGAGCCCCCACGCGUUCUCGUAUAUUCAGUCGACUCCCUUCAACCAGCCCCUGAGAACGAAUACACUCGAGGGAUAUGUGAAAAGACCGCUGUGACUGUUCUGCCGGCUCGCGAGCACAACUUUUACGCGAGGCUGAGAAUGAGAGGGUCCAUGAGAGAAUGCUGCAGGACUAGACGAGCGAAGGAAGGUCGCUGGGAAGUUGAGAAGCGGGCAGAGGCCAAGUCUCCCGAAAAUGGGAUCACACCACGAUCGAGAGUCUACAGCGAAGCAGCCUCCCGACGUAUUAUCAGAGCCUCGGAGAGUGGAAUUGCCCGUAAUUUAGAAAGGGAGAGGGGCGCUGUUAUGGUCGUCGUUCACGCUACACCCGCGGAAAGUGCCGCAGAGACCAGCAAUCAUGUCAUAGAAUGGGAGACCGUCGAGGACCAGCUCGUCUCUACCGAGUAA